UGAAGCUUGGGUGAAUAGUGCAAAACGAAGGCCCGGCUCCAAGUUCAUCUUGAUUCUUUGUAUUGUAAUAUAAUUUAGAGAUCAUCAUCAUCAUCAUCUCCUCCUUUUGAUAUCAACGGCGAGGUAGCUGUGUAAGUCAAGAUGGUGGGAGAGGAACCGAGUCCGAGAAACUUUGUCAAGGAUGGCAAGGUUUUCCCGAGAGAGCUCAUGAGGACGGAUUGGUCCAUAGAUUGUUGAGAGAUAUUGAUGAGGACUUGAGAGAUCAGCUUUGCCUCCAUUUUCCACUCAAACGCACACUUUGGUUCACAACCAUCUGCAUUGCGGUUCAAUCCUCCUUGGGGAGAUGGCAGCGGCCAUUGGAGAGAUGCUUCUCAGCACCUUCCUCGAGGUGCUCUUCGACAAGUUAACCUCAGGCGAGCUGCUUAGCCUCAUGCGGCGUGAGGGACUCCGCACCCUACUGAAGAAAUGGGAGAAGGAGCUCCGGCGAAUAAACUGCGCUCUGGAAGACGCAGAGGAAAAGCAGUUGACUGGUGAUGCUGGAGUCAAGUUGUGGCUCGAGGACCUCCGGAACUUGGCCUACGACAUCGAGGACUUGCUCUACGACUUUGAUGCUCAAGCCAGGAAAAAGAAGCAGAAGGCGGAUUCCAGGAGGGUGAGCAAGACACUUCUGGUCGUGCCGAGCUGCUUCAGUCCCAGAGAGUUCGUGCGUGACCAGAAAAUGAGGUCCAAAAUAGAGGAUAUCGACAGUCGACUGCAGGAGAUUAUCAAGCAGAAACAUAGCCUGAGCCUGAGGGAGAACGACGCCAACCAGCUGGCGUCCAACCGAGUCCAGCGGCGGCGUCUCACCACCCAUAUCCCAGAGUCUUGUUUUGUAGGUAGGGAGAAGGAACAGAUGGAGGUCCUUCGAUUGUUGAUUGGAGAAGAAGAAGGCAUCAACAACAUAAGUGCGAUCCCGAAAAUGAUUCCCAUAAUAGGGAUGGGAGGGGUCGGUAAGACCGCUCUAGCUCGGCAAGUCUAUUGCGACAAUAGAGUCGCCGGCUAUUUCGAUGUCAAAGCAUGGGCUUGUGCGUCCGAUGACUUCGACAUGGCUGCUAUUACAAAGAGGAUUUUGGAGAAUAUCACUGGUUUGUCUGGCGAAGGCAACGACCUAGACCGGCUCCAGGAGAAGUUGUGGAAAAGUCUGUCUAGGAAGAAGUUUCUUAUCGUUUUGGACGAUGUUUGGACUGAGAAGUACGGAGAGUGGACUGAUUUCCUGAAGCCUUUCCAAGCCGGAGCUGAAGGGAGCGUGAUCGUCCUUACAGCUCGUAACCUCAGUGUUGCUUCAAUGGCCGGUGCUCCGGCAUACCAUCUGAAGGAGCUGCCUGAAGAUGCUUGCUUGACUUUACUGGCCUAUCACGCUCUUGGCGCCAAAAAUUUCGACCACCACACCCCUCUUAAAUCAUUCGGUGAGAAAAUAGUGAUGAAGUGCAAAGGCUUGCCGUUGGCUGUGAAGAUGUUGGGCGGACUACUACGUACCCACGUCGAUCCCCAGCAGUGGGAAGCUAUAUCCAAAAGCCGAAUUUGGGAUCAACCAGAAGCGAGAAACGAGAUCCUUCCCUCGUUGAAACUCAGCUAUCACCAUCUCCCCCCUCAUCUAAAGUGAUGUUUUGCUUACUGCGCGAUCUUUCCCAAGGAUUACGAAAUAGAAAGGGAUGAGUUGAUCCAUUGGUGGAUGGCGGAGGGCUUGGUACACAGAAACGAAGGAGAGAACCUCUGGAAGACAGGUCUUAAUUAUUUCAAGGAGUUAGUAUCGAGAUCUUUUUUUCAAGAAUCAAGCAGCAACAGUUUGUGGUUCUCGAUGCAUGAUCUUCUGAAUGACCUCGCAAAGUCAGUUACUGGCCCGACGCACUUUAGCUCACGGGGGUUUGACUCAGAGAGCAAUGAGAGUAAUGCAUCUUCAGCUCAUCAUGCAUCCUUCAUUUCGAGCUACGGAAUUGCAUCCGAAAGAUUUACGAUGUAUCACAGAAUGAAGCGACUAAGAAGCUUCAUCUCAUUGCCACCGCGACCCAGGAAGUUCGCGAUGUUGCAUUUGUCCCAAAGCGUGCUAGGUGACUUGCUGUCAGACUUGAAGUAUUUGAGGGUGUUUUCGUUGAGUCAUUAUUGCAUCAACGCGAUACCAGACUGUGUAGGUAAAUUGAGGCAUCUGCACUAUCUUAAUUUAUCUUACACUGAGAUUGAAAGGCUUCCUGAAUCCAUCGGUGGGCUGUUCAA